AUGUGGCUUCAGCUGCUCCUCUUGCUGUUGGCCCCUCAGGGCGGGCAUGGCUGUCAUGGGCCGGAGCUGGACCGGGAACUCGUCCUGGCCAAGGUGAGGGCCCUGUUCCUGGAUGCCUUGGGGCCCCCGCCGGUGACUGGGGAAGGUGGAGAUCCUGGAGUCAGGCGUCUGCCCCGAAGGCAUGCCGUGGGGGGCUUCAUGCGCAGGGGCUCUGAGCCCGAGGACCAAGAUGUCUCCCAGGCCAUCCUCUUCCCAGCUGCAGGUGCCAGCUGCGGCGAUGAGCCAGAUGCUGGGGAGGCUGAGGAGGGCCUCUUCACGUAUGUGUUCCGGCCAUCCCAGCACACACGCAGCCGCCAGGUGACUUCGGCCCAGCUGUGGUUCCACACGGGACUGGACAGACAGCAGACCACUGCCGCCAAUAGCUCUGAGCCCCUGCUCGACCUGCUGGUACUGACAUCCGGGGGUCCCACAUCUGUGCCCAUGUCACUGGGCCAGGCCCCCCCUCGCUGGGCUGUCCUGCACCUGGCCACCUCCGCCUUCCCUCUGCUGACCCAUCCUGUCCUGGUGCUCCUGCUGCGGUGUCCUCUCUGUUCCUGCUCCGCCUGGCCUGAGGCCACCCCCUUCCUGGUGGCCCACACACGGGCCAGGCCGCCCAGUGGAGGGGAGAGGGCCCGGCGCUCCACGCCCCCGCUGCCCUGGCCUUGGUCUCCCGCUGCGCUGCGCCUGCUGCAGAGGCCUCCAGAGGAGCCCGCUGCUCAUGCCGACUGCCACAGAGCCGCCCUCAAUAUCUCCUUCCAGGAGCUGGGCUGGGACCGGUGGAUCGUGCACCCUCCCAGUUUCAUCUUCCACUACUGUCACGGGGAGUGUGGGCUGCCCACCCCACAAGACCUGCCCCUGCCCGUCCCCGGGGUGCCCCCUACCCCUUUCCAGCCCCCCUCUCUGGUGCCAGGGGCCCAGCCCUGUUGCGCUGCUCUCCCGGGGACCAUGAGGCCCCUACACGUCCGCACCACCUCGGAUGGAGGUUACUCUUUUAAGUAUGAGAUGGUGCCCAACCUUCUCACCCAGCACUGUGCUUGCAUCUAA